AUGUCUUGGAAAUGGGUUCAACCAAUUGAACAAAAUAGUAGUAGUAACAAUGGAAAAGAUGAACAAUGGUAUCCUUCAACAAAAACUGUCCGUCAUCAUAAUCGAUUCAACCUAUUUCACUCUAUUAAACAGAAUAUGAGAGAAAUGUUUUUGCCAGUCGGAUAUCCAGACUCUGUACACGAUUGCUAUAAGAAAUUUCAUAGCUGGCUGUUUUUGGAAACUUACGUUGGCUCUGCUAUUGGUGUUCUAUGUUCGCAGGCUAUGCUAGCUUCUUUAGGUUUAGGCACAGUAGAAGCCACUGGAGGCGCCGUUGCCAUUCAAUGGGUUUUAAAAGACGGUAUAGGCGAGAUCGGUAAACUGUUUUUCAUCAAAAAAUACGCCAGCUCUUUCGAUUCUCACCCUAAAACUUGGAAGUUUGUUUGCGAGUUAUUCUCCAGUGUGGGAUCACUACUUCAACUUUGCACUUCGAUUGUGACACCGAAAUUAUUCUUGCCCUUGGCAGCAGCAGGAAAUACGUUUGAACUUAUCCAUGAAAGUAUAUGGAUUGCGAGCCAUAUGACAUUCACAAAACACUUUUCACAGCCAAAUGGGAAUAUUGGCGAUAUUGUAGCCAAGGAUGAUGCACAAAUGUCCACAGCUCAUCUCCUAGGCAUGUUAUCCGGUGUGGGUCUAAUCACUAUAUCCCACUCGCCCGCUUUUUUGUUUGGCGCUUUUGCGGUUCUCUCUCCCAUCAACAUUUGGACAACUGUGAAGCUAUUACACGCUGCCGAAUUUGAAAUCUUAAACCAGGCUAAGCUAACGUUGCUAGCAAGAGAAUUCAUCGAUAGUGGGCGUGUUUUGGAUUAUGACGAGUUAAAGCCUCGAGAGGUUGGUUUCGGCGAAUGGAUUAAACCGAUGAUAGGGAAGAAGAAUAAAAAGGGAAAGAUCAACGUGAAGAUUCGCUUGGGACCUAGCGCGGAGCAAGCAUUUGGAGCUGCUGAUGAAGUGCAAGGCGUUGUAAAUAUAAUGAAGAACGAGAAUUACUUGUUAAAUUAUCAUAAAAACACAAUGUGGGUUUUAUAUCAUCAAGAUCAGAAUACAGACGAUGUCAUUCAGUCUCUUCUACAUUCGCUCAAAUUUUACGACGAACUCACAAAGCAAAAUAUCACAAAAGAAGAUAAUUGGGAACAAUAUGAGCAGGCUCUUAAACGGACACUUGAGUGGACAAAGCUUCAUCACAGCGAUUUUGCUGCGCAGCUAAAUGACCAGGAAUGGUAUAGUGAUGUUGUGUAUUGGAACGAUAGUGGAGUCAGGUUAGCUUGGAAAGAUCACCGUCAAGAUAUCAAUAACAAUCAAGUUACAAUAUCAGCUCAAACUUAG